CAAAAAGAUGGCGCAAGAUCGUUCCAGCGCUGAGAAGCUCCGUGAACAGAACUGUAGUGAAAUUAAGUUCGUCGAGAAGAGUCAAGUCAAAAGAUAAGUAAAGUUUCUACUUUGACAUUUAUUACCGAAAAUUGUGAUUAAUAGAAGAUUUGGUCAUCCAAAAAUGGAUGUAAAUAGUUUAUCAGAUAUAAAAGAUGGCGUCUCGACGCGACCUCUUUUGAUUGAGGCGCCACCUAUCACAGAAAUACAGAAAUCAACCAAUGUGACUGUCAAAAAAAAGAGGAGGCGCGGCAAAACUAAACGAAAAAUUAUGAAACCGUUUUACAAAGUUUCAUGGCAAGACAGAAAAAAAUACGAUAAACCGAAAAGGAACAAUAGAUUCCGAAAGAUUGUUGUGGCAAAGUCGCGCGCUCCUUUCAAUAACAAUCAAUUCCUAAUGGAAAUACAUAAACCAGAACCCGAUAACAAUCUUCACUUAGCUCAAACUCCGUCUGCACGAACACGAGAUUCCAGUUUCAGCAUUGAUUCAGAAGAUAAUUAUUUCUUCUCUUUACCUGAAGAUGAAGAAGAGUACUUAACUAAGGAAUUUUCCAGUGUUUAUGAAGACGCACAGACCGAGCGUUUAACUAACAUGUCAAAAAAUGAAUUAAUUCAGGAGUAUCUUAUUCUAGAAGCUAAAUAUGAUAAUCUCGUUAAGAGAACAGACCGUACAAAAAAUAAAGUCUCAGAUGAGGAGAGAGAUGGUGAUGAAACUGACAAAGAUAUGUCAAUUACUGAUAAAGACAGUAUGUUAACAGACAGGGAUACUUCUGGUACCUCCAAUGAAUCGAGUACAGUGUAUCCAGUGGAACCUACAAUUAGUGAUAUGUUACAGCGUUUGAAGGAGCAGGAGGAUCAAAUACGUGACUUGAAGUUGGCUAAUGAAAAAUUAAACCAAGAAAACGAACAUUUACGCCAAGUUUCACAAACAAGUGAAGAUUCAGAGAGUGAUAGCUCAUCUAGUUCUGAUAGCUGUAGUAGCUCAAGCCGCAGCAACAGUCCAACAAAUGAUGUGCAACCAGAAAACAAUGAAAUUGUUCCAAAUCAAAGUGAAAUAAAUGGACAAAAUGGUGUAACAGAUGCAAUAGAAAGUGAACCACUUGUUAAUGGGUUUCAUAGUCCGGAAAAUUUCUAGAGCUCUGGAUUUUUACUCUUAAGUUUAGGUUUUUAAGUUUGAAUCUUGUGUAUCCUUAUUUUGAUUGUAGUUCAUAAAAUGACUUGCAGUUUUUGUAAAAGUAGUCUUUUUAAUUUCACAAGAGUUGAAAUUGAGGAUAUUAUCAAAACCAUAAGUUAUUUAUCUUAAUUUAAGAAAUAAUAACUUUAAGGUAAGUAAAAAAAAGAAAUUAAAGGACAGCUUAGACAAUAACCCUUCAACAUAGAAUGAUGGGGACAUGUUAAGCACAAUGCAUUUAGUUACUUGCCUAUGAUAGUUUAAAGCUUUGUUGUACAAAUAAUAUUGGUUGUCACUGUGGGAAUGUAACUGUGAGAUCUCAAUAUUAGGUUUAGUGAAAUUAUUCUGUGAUAUCCCUGUGGAUAUUUUGUCAGUAGCGAGUUUUGAGCAUGCUAAAGAAAACAUGUUUAUUCCAAUUUGUGAAAAGAUCUCACUUUUAUGUUGAUACAGUGAGCAGUUAUAGUGCUCUAGGUCUAAGGGUAAAAUAUAAAUGAAGAGUAAUAUAUGUAUUGUAUUUAAGUAAGAACAUGAAUGUUUUUUGGACAAAUGAACCCUGCCUGGACUGUAUUCUGAUAAGUUUUCAUUAAUCAAAAUAUGGAUGUUUUAAUAUUAUUACAAAUAGUAUGUGCUUCAAUGUUAUUGGAUGAUGGACUACACUUCGCAACUUUACUGUCUAUAAUAACAGUAGUCUCACCCUUAGUCUAGCAAUAGAUUUGUGGUAUUAAAUUUGUAUGCAAUAUUUAAGUUUCCAUAAAUAUUCCAAAAAUGUAAUAUUUUUAUUUGUAUUAUUUUAUUACCUG